AUGGCUUCCCCUGAAAUUGCUUCCCUUUCUUGGGGUCAGAUGAAGGUGAAAGGCUGCUCUACAACAUAUAAAGACUGCAAAGUAUGGCCGGGAGGAAGCCGAACCUGGGACUGGCGAGAAACGGGGACUAAUCAUUCUCCAGGAGUGCAACCAGCUGACCUUGAAGAAGUUGUCAAGAAGGGUGUUAAAACUGUGGUGAUUGGUCGUGGCAUGAGUGAGGCUUUGCAGGUUCCACCAUCCACUGUGGACUAUCUGAAGAAAAACGGCAUCGAUGUCUUGGUCUUGCAAACAGAGAAGGCUGUGGCGGAGUACAACGCCCUGGCUGCUCAGGGUGUCAAAGUGGGGGGUGUUUUCCAUUCGACCUGCUGA